AUGAAAGCUAGAGAUAUGAGCAAAGAAGCAGAGGGGGAUAAGCCAAAUCAAACAAACUACAAAUCUCCUAAUCUGUUGUCCUCAUAUUACAUUGACAAUAUCCUUGGUAGGAACAAUCCAUUAAAAGACGGGUUCGCAGGAGAGCGCACUUUAGCAGCUCAAACAACGCUAAACAGUUUGUGGACCCUUCAAACGGACAUGCACCUGCCGCCCAAACUCCGUCGCCCCUUUUCCCCCUUGACCAGAAUGACGGAGACUUCCAAGGAAAUUCACACGGACAACAGUGAGGCAGCCGAGCCACGACAACUGCAUAAACCUUGCGAAAACUUAAAAAUGACACAGGCUCCUAUAGUAAGCAUCAGUCGUAAACCAUUUCACGAACCCUUUGUGUCUCCGGCGCAAAGACCAGAGAAAGAAGAAACAGAAAACGAAAGACUUUGCAGAGAGACAAAUUCGUCGCCGAGAUUGAUGGGACUUCAGGAGCGAGAGACGUAUGUGCAGAACAGUGAGGAAACUGCUUUAUCAGCGGGGAGUGACGCUGAAGAUGGUGUGUUAAAACGAAAGCAGAGGAGAUAUCGGACUACAUUUACAAGCUAUCAGCUUGAUGAGCUGGAAAGAGCUUUCCGAAAGACUCACUAUCCAGAUGUGUUCACAAGGGAGGAGUUAGCAAUGAGAUUAGACCUGACAGAGGCGCGUGUGCAAGUCUGGUUCCAGAACCGACGUGCAAAAUGGAGGAAAAGGGAAAAAGCAGGGGUCCAGUCACACACUCUAAGCAUACACUAUCCCGGAUCUCCUCCUGCUGUACAGCCCUUGUGUCAUUACCUGAGUGGGAAUAAUUUUGUCCCAAACUCACAUCCAUCUUUUGAUCCAGCUUGGCCUGCCCUUCAAAGACUGGCUCAGCCACCCAUAGGAUCUUCUUCACCCCACAGCAUCAGUGCUCUGUUAGGGGCAGCCAUGUUUAGACAUCCUGCUUUCAUCAGUCCCACUUUUGGGAGACUGUUUACAGGGUUAGGUCCAAUGGCACUGCAAAGGAUACCCCUUCCUGCAAUGGAGGGUCCUAUUCAACCCCGCUACCACAUCGGCAAUAACCUUCUUUCCUCAUCAUCACCCUCAUCCCCAUCGGUGGACAUCCGCGCUUCCAGCAUAGCAGCACUGCGUCUCAAAGCAAAGGAGCAUUCUGCUCAGAUGACCCAGAUCUCAGAUCACUGCUGAAACACAAACAUUUUACUUAAGAGAUGGCAAAUGACCAAAGCAAUAGCUGAAGAGUUACUAAAUAAAAGCAAAUAAUAGAUAUCUCUGGAAGUUGAAUUGUAAGCUUUUUUUCUGGUUGUUAAGUGCUAAAUGGUUGUGGACUGAUCCAUAGAUAUUUUUAUCCUGUUCAUUUUUCAUCAUUUUCACAGCCUAUAUAUGCGUGUAUGCAUUUAUCUGUGACACAAAUAUCACUUUGUCUAGGUUUGUAGUGAGCACUAAAGAUUUUGUUUUAUUACUUAAAUGUAAUUUCUUAAUAUUAAGAUUUGUGAAAAAGGCUGCACUUUUUGUGUUGACGGGAUAGGACUGAAUAGUGUGAUGCCUUUGCCAUUACAAUGAGCUUUAUUUAUGUUUAUUAAACUUAUGAGCCCUCAUAUUUCAGGGAAGGAAGUGUUUUAACCAUAUGUUUUCUUGACUAAUGAACCAGGGAAAAUAAUAAGAGAUUGUGAAAAUGCACAAAUAAAAUGAACCAGAAAUUACGUGGUUUC